AUGCUUAAAUAUCUAAUGGAAAGUAAUUCUUUAUUAAUUACUCGAUCAUCUACUUGUAUUUCUCGGAAAUGGGUUGCUUUUAAACGGAAAUUUUCAUGGAAUCUUCUCUCUUGGAUAUUUCGAAUAUUACUUCUCGCAACACUAUGUUUUGGUUCUAUAUGGCUUUUUAUAAAAUUUAAACAUGUAUUACCUACCCUAACCAAUUUACAAAAUAUUGUUACUAAUAAAAGUCAAGAAAAAAGUCAAGAAAUUUUAGUUGAUUUUACAUUGGCUUUUUACAAUACUCGAAAACAUUAUAAAAUGGAAAAGCCAAAAAUAGAUGCCUGUAAAGGAAAAAAAAUAAAAAUAUUAGUGUUGGUUAUGAGUAGAAGAGAAUUACUACAAAGACGAAUGGGGAUAAGAUAUAGUUAUGCUAAAGAUGCGGGUAAAAAUAUGUUAGUUCGUUUUGUAGUUGGAGGGCCCUUAAAGGAUGAGGAGCAUAGUGAAAAAUUGGAAAGUAUACUAAUUAAAGAACAAGAACAAUAUGGGGAUUUAGUUCGUUAUUUUAAUUUACCUGAAGGCUAUGAUCAAUUACAAUUUAAAACUGGUGCAUCUUUUCAAUGGCAACAGAAAUUUUGUCCUAAUGCAGAAUUUGUAAUGAAAAUUGACGAUGAUUCAAUUAUAGAUUUGAACAGAUUGGAAUUUUGGAUUGAGAAAAAAUUUAAAAAGCAAUUAAAAGAAGCCAAAACGGAGUUGGGUGUUUUUGGUUACAGCUGGAUUGAUACAAAGCCAAUAAGGGAUGAGGAGAGUAAAUGGUUUCUUUCUAAGAAAGUAUUUCCACAAAAAGAUUUACCACACUAUAUGCACGGAUCUGGAUAUAUUGUAACCGGUAAAGCAAUAACUGCUUUAAUGGAGCAUACAAAAGCUGUACAUGCCAUUCAUAUUGAAGACCUUCUUUGGAAUGGAAUUUUGGCCGAUAGAGGAAAUGUUGUCCGUUUUGAAGGGGGAAAUGAUCAUUUUCUUGAGGGAACUUUAGAAGACAAGGAAAAAUGUGAAGAUGGGCAACCUAUAAUUUUUUGUUUAUAUCAAGUCGCUCUCUCAAGUAUUAAAGCAUAUAAAGGAGAAUAUAAAAAAUUACAUGAGUUAAAAUGUCUUGAAUAA